CAUAAAGAAAUCAUCUUUUUUGUUGUUGUAACUGCCCUGCAGGAGUGUCAUGUCUUAUUUUUCCUUGAGGCAAUGCAUACUGAACUCUCUUCCACUGAGACAACAGACUUGUCUUGUCUUUCUGUCAUCACAGCUGUCACUCAAGUUUAAAGGCAGAUAUAAAGGGCGAGUCAUCUCCCUCCCUGCACCUGUUGAUCGCCCAGCAACCCACUCCUAAACGCUAACAUACGAAAUUAGUAUGCAAAGCAGUGCUGCCACCUGAGGUGCGUAUGCUCAGAGACGCACAUAUGCGCGCAUCUGUGUGAGAAGAGUGCGCAUCUGUGUGAGAAGAGUGCGCGUCUCUCUCUCCAGAGGCGCACUGGAGGCUCCGCGCUGCAUCUCUCUGUCCUGCACUCGUAUUCCGUAUCUCAGACGUCCACACACGGUUCAUAUCAACCUCUUGGGAUGGAGACCACAGACAGUGGCUGGGCGGCUGAGCUCACCCCACCAUGUGUGCUGCACGAGGUGAACGAGAGUGACACGGGUCAGGUCUUUGAGGUGGCCCUGCAGAACGGCUCCUCCAAACGCAGCCCUCAGUUUGUGGGCGUAGAGCUGCUGCAGUCAUUCAAGCUUCUCAUCAUUCCCUGCUACACUCUGGUGGCCCUGGUGGGCGUCUUCGGCAAUUACCUGCUCCUCUAUGUCAUCUGCCGCACGCGCAAGAUGCACAACGUCACCAACUUCUUCAUCGGAAAUCUGGCCUUCUCUGACAUGCUCAUGUGUGCCACGUGUGUCCCCUUCACGCUGGCCUACGCCUUCAACCCACACGGCUGGGUGUUUGGCCGCUUCAUGUGCUACCUGGUGUAUCUCAUCCAGCCAGUGACGGUGUAUGUGUCAGUCUUCACUCUCACUGCCAUUGGCGUGGACAGAUACUACGCCACAGUUCAUCCACUGAAGAAGCGGAUCUCAGUCUUGGCGUGCACCUACCUUCUGUCCGGGAUUUGGCUGCUGUCUUGUGGUCUAGUGGCUCCAGCAGUGGCUCACACCUACCACGUGGAGUUUAAGAACGAGGGCUUCACCAUCUGCGAGGAGUUCUGGAUGGGCCAGGAGGGGGAGCGUCUGGCUUAUGCUUACAGCACUCUGUUCAUCACCUACGUCCUGCCUCUGUCGGCUCUCUGCAUCUCCUACCUGUGCAUCUCCGUCAAAUUGCGGAACUGUGUCGUACCCGGCCACCACACCCAGAGCCAGGCAGAGGCUCAGCGGAUGCGCAAACGCAAGACCUUCCGGCUGGUGAGCCUGGUGGUGGCGGCCUUCGGCGUCUGCUGGAUGCCCAUCAGUGUGUUCAACGUGCUGCGCGACAUUGACAUUGACCUCAUCGACAAGCGCUACUUUCUGCUCAUCCAGCUGCUCUGUCACCUGUGCGCGAUGAGCUCAUCCUGCUGCAACCCCUUCCUCUACGCCUGGCUGCAUGACCGCUUCCGCGCCGAGCUCCGCAAAAUGUUCACGUGCCGCCGUCGCAUCGGCAUCUCGGCCAACAACUGCGCCACGGCUAGUGUGGUUUUGUGAAGCGCCUUGUGUUUUAGGCUACUGUUUGCUUCUCUGGACAGUAGAGGGUGCUCAUCUCAUUCUGGUGGUGCAGAAUUACACAGGUGUAAAUAGUCUGUACGGUGAUCCAGCUUUGUUUACCAAUUCAGCAUUACAUGCCUAUGACGUUGGCUCAUGAUGGACUGUUUCAACCCACAAUUCAUCUUGACUGCCAGCAGUUCAGCCGGAGGUUUAGGUGUGGUAGUGUGUUAGUGGGAGGGGCUAAUGUAGGAGUGAGGAGUGGCUAAAGACUCCACGCCCCCAGAUUUCAAAUUCAGCCUCAACCGAAGUGACAUCACUCGAGGCAGCUUGUCAGAUUUAGGUCGCUCUAGAGGUUUUAUAGCUUGCCACUUUAAGUCCCCC